AUGCUGUACGCAGCCGUUAAACAACACUUCCUCGACAAUGUUUUCAUGAAACAUCAUCAUGAUCCGCAGCUCGGAACCAAGAAGCAUAGCGUGCUGGUUCUCGAUAAGAGUGGAAUGGAUGUUGUCAACUCUUGUUUCAAAAUAGGCGAUGUGGCCAGCUCGGGAAUUCUUCUUGUCGAAGACCUAGCUAAGAGGCGAGAACCGAUGGCAUCAGUUGACGCAAUUUAUGUCGUCGCUCCAGUUGCUCAAUCCAUUGAGUCGAUCAUAAGAGAUUUCCCUCGAGCUGUCAGACCAGAGGCUCAACAAUACAGAAGUGCUAAUAUCUACUUCUUGGAACCUUGCAACGACGAACUGUUCAGAAAAAUUGCGGAUAGCCCACUGGCGAAGCAUAUCAAAACAAUAGUCGAGAUCAAUGUGAAUUUUUUACCCAUUGAAAGUCAAGUGUUCACAGUGAGCAAGCAGUGUAAUGGAGACAUGAUGAAAAUUGCUGAUGGAAUCGCCAGUUUGUGUGCGACACUCUGCUUGAAACCAACGCUUCGUUUCCACUCCGAUUUCGCUCAAAGCGCUGAAAUAUGCUACAGAAUCGACCAAAAACUGAAAGAGAUGGGAUCCGACAAACCAGUGAGCACUGAUGCCGAGCUGGUUGUAAUGGACAGAAGCAUCGAUCUUGUAACUCCACUGCUUCACGAGCUCACUCUACAAGCAAUGGCUGCAGAUUUAACCGAUUACAGCGAAGGAAUAUAUCGGUACAGAGGAGAUAAUAGAGAAGAGAAGAUCCUUCCUCUCGACGAAACCGAUGAUCUUUGGGAAGAACUACGACAUCAGCAUCUAGCCGAUAUUCUGAAGAGAGUUCAUUCGCUUACAAAAGAUUUGAAACAGAUUCACGCGGCUACCUCGUCUGGAACUUCAGCAAAAGAAGUGAAAUCGGCUAUCCAUCAACUGCCGGCUUUUCUGAAGAAGAAGGCGAGAGUUGAGGCGUACUUGAAUCUUGCCGAAGAAUGUCGUGGACAGUACUUCAACUGCCUUGAGAAGAUUAUUCUUCUUGAGCAAGAUAUGGCUGUAGAGCAUACACCGGAAGGAGCGAAGAUUUCUGAUUCGCAAGCUGUGAAUCGACUUUCCACGUUUAUCAUGCAGCCGACAUUAACAACUGAUAUCCGCCUUCGUCUGAUUCUCAUUUUUAUGUUGACAAUUGGAAAGGACAAAGACGAGCAGUUCUUCAAUCGCCUUCUUCACCACACAGAUAUUCCGGAGGAAGAGUUCCAAGUGGUCAAGAAAAUGCUCAAUUGGAGAGAUAAGGCCAAAGCUUCAGCAUUCCAACGUCGUCGUCCACCUCCAGAAGACGAGAGAUUCCCAACGAGUCGCUGGGAUCCAAAGAUUCGAAACAUCAUUCAGGAAAUUCAUGCAAAACGUCUAGAUGAGCGGGAGUUCAAACUUGUAGGUCAAAAGUCGGGUGCUCCAGAGCUGCGAUCAGCGAUGAGUGCUAGAUACGGCGGCGGGUUGACUGGACGACCAAGAGAGAAGAGAAAGAUAAUUCUCUUCGUCGUGGGUAAGGUUUUUAAAGUGUGUGUCCCAUCUAAACUGAGCUUUCCAGGUGGUGUAACGUAUUCAGAGAUGAGGACUGUCUAUGAGAUGUCCAAGGUGAGCAACACCACCAUCUUGCUCGGAUCCGACUCCAUACUCACUCCAUCCAACUUCAUAGAGUCUCUACGUGGACCAAAAGAACAAUGA